GCCCGAAACAGAAAACGUAUGUAUGCAAAAUGUACAUGGGCGCUUUGGUGGCUGCACUCCCUCUUUUGGCCGCUAGGAAGAGACUCCGAACCAGGAAUGGUAACCUGGUGCUCGGAGCGUCCCACAGCAGAACUCCACUUGAGAGUCGGUACAGCAAGCGCCAUCCUCACAGUGGCCUGGCCGGGAUGGAGAAGGACGCCCCUGAAGAGGAGCCACCCCGCCAGCGGAACGGCUUCGUGGGCAUGCUUUAUGGGGAGUUUACGGACACGCUCGACGACAAGGUCCGGUACUCAGUGAGCCUGACGGAGAGCGCCCUGACCAUCCAGAGGAUCUCCUCGUCGCCCGGCCGGACCAAGGUGGUCUUCAACUUGACGGACUGCGUCGGCUGCCGGGCGUACAGAGGGACCGACAGCGCGGACGUCGGCGCCUACUUUACCGCCUAUUUUUACCCAUUCAAACGGCGCUGGAUGAGCGCCGGCGUGGCCCGGCAGCGAGUGGAGCAGUGCUUUCGGGUGGCGCUGGUCCAAGACCCCCGGACUAACCUUCAGGAGGCUGAACGGUGGGCUUGUGCCAUCAGGGAUGCUUCUGUGCAGCAGGCACCCCGGAAAGACGGUGAGCAAGGUCACACUGUGCGGCGGCCGUGCAGAGUCAUGAUCCUGGUGAACCCUCUGAGUGGACGCGGGCAGGCUCUGCAGCUUUUCACCGGCCACCUGCAGGGCAUGCUCACCGAAGCUGCCGUUCCCUACACGCUCGUUAUCACAGAGCGCCAGAACCACGCGCGGGAGCUGGUGAAGAAGGCGGACCUGUCACAAUGGGACGCUCUGGUUAUCAUGUCGGGAGACGGGCUGCUCUUUGAGGUGAUAAAUGGUCUGAUGGAGCGUGACGACUGGCAAGAGGCCAUUCAGACCCCUUUGGGGAUUCUCCCGGGUGGCUCUGGCAACGCCCUGGCCGCCUCCGUCCAUCACUACUCUCAGUCCCCCCCUGCGUGGAAUGAAGAACUCCUUCUGAGUUGCGGCUUCGUGCUGUGCAAGGGUCUCGUGGGUUCUUUGGACUUGGUGUCCAUUCACUUGGCCUCCAAACAGCGUAUCUUCUCCUUCCUGUCCCUGGCCUGGGGCUUUGUGGCCGACGUGGACAUCGAGAGCGAGAAGUACCGCCACGUGGGCGCCAUCCGCUUCCUGAUGGGCACCCUGGUGCGCCUGGCCACUCUGCGAGUGUACCAGGGCAGAUUGGCGUACCUUCCGGUGAAGGAGAAGCCGAGCCUUUCUCCGGCGCCUCGGCGACCCUCGCUGUGCUCCUCCCUCCCCUGCCAGCUCAUUCCCAACUCCUCCCCGACACACAAACCGCACCGCCAUCGCAACAACACGAACUCCCCCCAAAACACCGUCAGCAGCAGCUCCUCCGUUCACGCCAAAAGACUCAAAACUCCAAAUGACGGCCAAACCCGAGCGCCGCCGGAUUCUCUCUUACCGGGACUGGACCAGCCGGUCCCGGAGAGCUGGACCGUUGUCAAGACGGAGGACUUUGUCUUGGUGCUUGCAAUUUACCAGUCUCACCUGGCCGAGGACUUGUGGGCCGUCCCCGGCGCGGCGGCGGAUGACGGAAUCAUCCACCUCUUUUACGUGACCGGCGGAAUCUCCCGACCCGCCCUCCUGCGCCUCUUCCUCGCCAUGGAGAAAGGUGCGCAUCUAGCUUGCGGCUGCCCUCACCUGGUCUACGAGAAGGUGCGAGCGCUGCGGCUGGAGCCCAUCUCGAGGCACGGUGUGAUCACGGUGGACGGAGAGACGGUGGAAUACGGGCCGGUUCAGGCUCAAAUCCACCCCGGACUGGCCAGACUCAUUUAUGGAUGACGGCAGAUUAUGUUAAUCUUCGAGUUGGAGAGCUUUCAAGUUGGGGCCUUUUCACUCAGCGUUAAGCUCCGCGUAUGAUGCUGUGUUUUCCUAAGUGCCAAAGACAUGUCAUCAGCCUCUGAGAAUUCCUCUAUUUUUAUACUGAAGCAACCCCCUUUUUUUAAGCCCCGCCCCUUCCCCAACCUUUCGGAUUCAUGGUCCAAGUCGUGGGACGUCGUCCGUCGACCGCUGGCUGGUCCCAGCGUAACCAAACACUCGUGGCGAGCUCCCCUCGCACGCGUUUGUGGAAAUCGAAUACAAUGUAUGCGAGCGGCCGCGCGUGAGGAUCCUUUGGCGCAUGGUUGCCGUGGCGGAGGAGCGCAUUGUUCACUCCGCUGUCAGACCGCAUCAGCGCCACUCGCACGAAGACAAGCACAUUUUUUGCCAUCCGGGGAGAUUCUCAAGGGAAUAGCCAAGCACCUCUAUCAAAGCAGGAAGACAUCCCUGAGGGAAAAUUGAUCUUCAUCUUUGUGUCAAACUUAAAAAGUGUCCAAAAGUGGCUACGUGUGUAUAUUACCUAGCGUCUUCCAAACUAUUACGACAGCAUUGAAUUGUUCUGCCCGUCACUGCAUGUCGCCCGGCACGGAUGGAUGAGCAAAGAUACAGUUUGUAUCAAAGAAAUAAAUGAUUCAUUCGACAAAUAGAGCAAUUCAUUGACAACAACGCUCCCGUUGAGCUUUCAUGAUGGCCCACAAAUGUGUCGCGACACAGUGCUGGCGACUCACCGUUCCCUAUAUGUUAAGAUGCUAUGCGUAGCAUCUUCGCUUCAGUUGGAAGACUGCACUCACUCUACUUCCCUCCGUUCGUGAGCCAUCACCAUGUGUCCUUAUUGCAAAGCUUCGUGUGCGCAAAAAUACUAAAAUAAGUUUAGUUUGUGGCUGCAUAAGAGCAGCCCCGAGGGUUUCCACACGCAGGUUCUGCUGUGUUGUCAUUUGAGACGCACGCAAUCAGCGUUGGCUGGAGGGAGUCGGGCGUUGUUUAGCUUUGGGGUGGAGGAGAGGGACAAAUAUUGACAACUUCAUCAUUGCCUCAUUGACACGCACGUGCACUAAUCAUGUUUGGGAAUGGUGCCGCCGACCACGCCGCACCCGGCCGGGUAUGAAGCAGCUGCAUCUCAUCAUGCAGCGGUAGAUCUUAGAUGACCUUUAUGGCAAAUUUCUUGAUCUCCUGACACAGCAGAUUCAAGGAAAACAGAAUGAAAACACAAAACACAAAGGUCAAAUAUUAACCUUCAUGUUCCAAGGGUGCAUGGGAUGUAAAUGUUAUUUCCCACACAUGCAGCGCCUCAUACGAAUGCGGCAAAAGAAUUGCACGCAUUCUUUUUCUUCGACCUUUCACUUGGAUCGUUCAUUUUUAUUGCAAUGUACCUGAAGUAGACUUGACCUAAAAGCAUCUUCAAUGCAGUGCCCAUUUUUUUUCAUUUAUGAUUCUGAUUAUUAUGAUUUAAAGUCGCUCUGUAAUGCUCAUAGAUGCAGCAUGAGCAACAUAUCGUAUCCUGAGUUGUCUUAUCCAGGUGCUGUACGGAUGGCAUGCUAUCCCAAAUGCAUCGUCAUUGAGGGCCGAGGCUUCCCCCUAGUGGAUGACUUGCAGUAAACAUGGCUAUCUCGAUUGACCCUGAGCUUUUUUUGGAGUUAUAUAAUGCACUCUCAGACCGUCACGACAGUCAUGUCUUUUUUUUAACUUAAAUCUUGAGAGGAUUAAGCACAGUUUUAUUAGAAUUUGAUGUGGAGAAAAAGCAUCAUAUUCUAACUUACUGCCAGAAAUAUUUACAAAAAUCCUUGCGUAGGAAAUAUAAACAAAUGUGUUAGUAAGGAUGUCGUUGCACUACUUUGUGGUUUGCUAUGAUAAAUUAUUCCACUUGCUGCCGUCAUGUAGCAUCUGUCUGAACACAAUUUGAACGGCUAGUGUCUUUGUCAUGAGUUUUUAAUUCAUAAUUUAGGAGACGUCUCACUGGGUUAUGUGCAGAAAUCAGGUCAAAACUCAAUGAUGCGGUGACGUUUGUUGCUUGAUGUUGGACACGCAUUGAAAACAUAUUUUGUGAGUACAGUAUACGAUGCUGGAGUGUACAAUGAAUACAAUACCGGACUAGAGGUCUCAUUUGUGAGACACCUGUACACAAGUAUAAACGAUACUUUAAAGAGGAAAUUCCUUUAUUGUUUUGACAUCAUUAAACGUGUUGUUAAAUGAACUUUCAAUGCAGUAGGUAUGUAUGCUGUUGUUCAGUGCUUUAUUCUGGUAAGGCAAUAAAUUUGGAUCUGGAAAUUUUUA